AGACGUAGAAACGACAGAUCAAUUGAGAAACGAUGACGACGACGAUAAAUAAACGGAGAGACGACGACGACGGAUCAACGGAGAGGCGAAGACGACGACGGAGAGAUGACGACGACGACGGAGAGAUGACGACGACGAAAUACAGCGAUGAGGAGAAGAAGAAGCGAUGAAACGAGGACGGCGACAAUUGAUUUCAAAUUUGUUUUUUAAAUUAGUUAAAGAAGAGGGCAUAAGGGUAAAUUGCCCCUUUAAUGAAACCUAUUUUUGUGAUUUCUGAUCCUGAGUGCUAGUUUGGGGAGAAAAACUUGGUUUAGUGUUCUUUGUGUCAUUUUCUCUUUUUAAAAAUAGCAAACUAAAAUAAUGAUUUGUCGUAAUACGAUUGGCCGUUUAACAUCUUACGUGAAUGCUUUCAAUGGCCUCAACUUUUAUAUAGUAUAUAUAUAGAUUGUUAUCUUGACUGAGUAUAUCACAAAGCUUCUAGAGUCUUCUACGAAAUAUAGAAUCUCUGGACCGUUAUUGAUACAUUGAUCCCAAAUAAAAAAAAAGAAGAUAUUUCAAAAUCUCCAUUUAUCAUAUCUAAUGGUUAAAGCCCCGUUAUUGAUACAUUGAUCCCGAAAGUUAUGGAGUAAAUUUAAAACCCCAUUAAUUUUCCAUAUUUAAUUCUCCUUUUCCAUAUUGUUUUAGGAAAAUAAUAUUUUCCAUAUUCCAUAACUCACCGACCCUCUCAACAUUAUAAAUAAGAGACUCAUUCCCUCACCAAGACUCAUCCUCAAGUCCAUUCUACAAAACAAAACCCUAGAACUCUUCGCCGCUUUUAACCUAACUAAUCAAAACAAACAAUGUCUGAGUCAAACAAGAAAUUUACAUUGAUAAGCUCCGAUGAGGAGCCUUUCGAGGUGAGUGAAGCGGUUGCGCGUGAGUUCGAGAUCGUAGCGCACAUGCUCGAAGACGGCUGCUCUGGUAGCAGUAUCCCGAUCAAAACCGUCAACAGUAAUAUCCUCGGCAAAGUGAUCGAGUAUUGCAAGAAACACGUUGAAGUUGGUAACAUCGAAGGAAACUCGGAGGAGGCUAAGAAGGAACUCGAAGAGUUCGACAAAAAUUUUAUUGCUGUGGAGAUGGAGACGCUCUUUUCACUCAUCCUCGCAGCUAACUAUCUCAACGUCAAAGGCCUUCUCGACAUUGGUUGCCAGAAGGUUGCAGAUACCAUCAAAGACAUGGAACCAGAGGAGGUUCGCUCUAUUUUUAAAAUCCAGAAUGAUUACACUCCUGCAGAAGAGGAAGAAGUUCGCAAGGAGAACAUUUGGGCUUUUGAGCGCUAAUUUUUUUUCUAGUUUUCUGAAUUUUGGUGUUAUUUGUUUUUGUUUUUUUGAUGACUUGGUUUGUCUCUUUUCUUUAAAAUUCGUGAAUGGUUUUUAAUAGUUUUCUCCAAGUAUGCCUUAUUGAGUUAUUCGUUUAUUUAGUUUUAAGAGUUUUUGUUCCGUUUAGUUUCAUGGUUAUCAUGUUGAUCAUGAAUGCCUUUGAGUUUGAGAUCGUUAGCCAGCGAGGAUGA